AUGCCAGACCCAGGGGUUGGGCCUUCAUCUCACCGGCCAAGCCGACUAGAAGAGACGGGGUCCCAGGAGGGCAGAGGCGUGGCCAGAAGCCAGGCAGUCCUGAGCACCAGCAAGCCUGACACCGGUCCGGCCCUUGUGAGGGUGGCCGGGACACCAGGAGCACCAUCGCGGGGGGCCACUGGGGGGCGCCGCGCGGGCGGGGCCGGGAGCGCCCGAGCCCACCACACCGCAGAAGCCGUCGGGGGCCGCCGCGGGGGGGCGCCGUCGUGGGGCGAGCUCCAGGAGGGCCGUCGCGAGAGGAGCGCCGUCGCGAGAGGAGCGCCGCGGCGCAGUCGCUGCUUCCCGCGGAUGGAGCUCCGGUGCGCGCCGCUGGCCGACAGGCGCAGCCCCCCGCGCCCCCGGACGUCCGCCCCCGCUCUUGCCCACGCCGGGCUUCUGCUGCUGCUGCUGCCGCUGCUGCUGCGGCCCGCGGGUUGCUUGGGCGCUGGCGAAGCGCCGGGGCCGCUGUCCACGGAUGUCCCCGCCGACCUGGGCGCGCCCUGUUCCCCCAGUGCCACCUAUCCCUCCGGUGAACGUCGCUUCCCCCGGCAGGCCGCCACUAGCCAGACGCCCAUGACCCUGCAGUACCCUUCUUCUAAAGCUGACGAGGAUGAGUUCCUUCCCGCCUGUGGCUUCUCCUAUGAGUGGGACCCUACCCUCAGGGAUCCGGAGGCUAUGGCUCGGCGGUGGCCAUGGAUGGUCAGUGUGCGAGCCAAUGGUGUACACAUCUGUGCAGGCACCCUCAUUGCCUCCGAGUGGGUGCUGAGUGUGGCCCACUGCAUGAUCCAGAGUGAUGCUACCUAUUCAGUGCGGGUGGGGAGUCCGUGGAUUGACCAGAUAUCAGAGUCUACCGUUGACGUCCUGGCACAGGAGAUCAUCGUGAACAGCCAUUAUCGGUCCCAUCGGUACUGGUCCUGGGUCGGCCGGGCUAACGACAUUGCCCUUCUUAAGCUUGAGCAGCCGCUCAAGUACAACAAGUAUGUCUGGCCCAUCUGCCUGCCUGGCUUGGACUAUUCAGUAAAGGACCAUACCCUCUGCACUGUGACAGGCUGGGGACUCCCCAGGGUUGAUGGUGUGUGGCCCCAGUUCCGGACCAUCCAGGAGAAGGAAGUCACCAUCCUGAACAGCACGGAGUGUGACAGCCUCUACCACAGGUUCUCCAAAAUCCCCUCUCUGAUUCAGAUCAUCAACUCCCAGAUGAUCUGUGCAAAGGACGUCGACAGGGAACAGUUUUGCUAUGAGAUAAGUGGUGAGCCCUUGGCCUGUCCUGUGGAGAACAUAUGGUACCUGGUGGGAAUGGUGAGCUGGGGCCCAGGCUGCAAGAAGAGCGAGGCCCCGCCCAUCUACCUACACAUCUCCUCCUACCAGCAGUGGAUCUGGGAACGCCUCAAUGGGCAGACUCUGCCAGCCCCAUCCAGGGCCCUGCUCCUGGCCCUCCUGCUGCCCCUCAGCCUCCUUGCUGUCCUCUGA